GCGGCAAUUUACCGUCGUCGCUUUAUUCAACUUCCCCAAAAAUUCAAAAAAACAUAAGAAAAAAAGAAAAGAUCCCGUUGUCAAACGUCAUCGACCGGCAGUAGGCGGUAAAAGAAGUCUCCUCGUCGUUGCGUGGCGACGAACUUCAACGGUUUACCGACUAGUCCGGUCGCUCUAUCAAGUCCACUCAGUCGAUCAUACCCUAUUCGAUAUUCUGUUCGCUUCGGUUCUCCGUUUUGGGUCUUCUCUGUUUCUCAAACAGGAAUUUCUCUUCUAAACAUGAAGGCUGCCAAGGGUAAGGGGGCAGCAAGGAGGGACACAAAGGAAGCAUUGAAGCCUGCUGAAGACAGAAAGAUUGGGAAGCGAAAGGCUGCUGUUAAGGCAGAAAAGAGUAGCAAAAGAGCGACCACGAAAGACAAAAAGGCCAAGAAAGACCCCAACAAACCAAAGAGGCCUCCCAGUGCCUUUUUUGUAUUCCUUGAGGAGUUCAGAAAGGUCUUCAAAAAGGAAAAUCCCAAUGUGAAGGCUGUCUCAGCUGUUGGGAAAGCUGGCGGAGAGAGGUGGAAAUCCUUGUCUGAGGCUGAAAAAGCUCCAUAUGAGGCCAAAGCUGCAAAAAAGAAGGCUGAGUACGAAAAAAUUAUGAAUGCUUACAACAAGAAGCAGGAGAGCACUGCUGAUGAUGGUGAUGAAGAAUCUGACAGGUCAAAAUCUGAAGUGAAUGAUCAAGAUGAUGAGGAGAGUGCAGAGGUAAUGAAACUUAUCAUUUGGAUUGAAUUAACUAUCGGGUUCUUCAUGUUACUGCAUAUGCUUGAGUAGAUAAAAAACAAAAAAAUAAAAAAAUUACUUAGAUUAUUAUUUUUAAUUUUAACUUCUUGUUUUAUGAUAUCAAACUUGUCAAGCUGGGGUAUGUUGGUUGAUUAUAUAUAUAUAUUUGUGUGUGUGUGUGUAUUUGGGUAUUUGGCAUUUAAAUGUUAAAAAUCAUGGUCGAAGCAGUAGUCACUAGUGAAGGAUCAUCCAUAUUACCUAUUGAGGAAAUGAAAUGGGAGAUACUGAGAUGACAUAGGAAACAGGGGUAACUGACAAAGAGUCCUCAAAAUGCAAUAUGUGAAAUAGUUUUAAAAAAAUUGUGAACCCACACAGAUAUUGAGGUGUCAAAAUGUAUGUGAAGCUUUAAGAAAAUGUAUGAACACAUAAAUAUGAAGGAACUGUAUGAGAAAAUUUUAGGGCCAGGUUUCUUGACAUUUGGGAGUUUCAGGAACAUUUUGCAUUGGUGAAUAUUUCCAUUUUAUGAUGAUUGGAAACACUAGUUGAGGACAAGCUUCGUUGAUUUUUUGAAGAUAGGUUUCCCAUUAGUACUGGGAAUGGUUUCACACUUUUACCAGGGACUAGGUUUCCCAUCCACAUUGGGGAAAAGAGUGGGGGCCUGGCAUGACUGGUACAUGCAUGUCUCUGAAAUUAAACAAUUAGGUCAACUAUAAAAACUCUACACUACCCCAUAUCACAAUAUUGAACCUGUUUUUGUUUUUCCCAUUGGACUCAUCUGGCUACUUCUCAUAUUACUGAUGCCAAGACUACUAUAACUGCCUUGUGUCUCUGAAGCAGGAGGAAGAGGAGGAGGAGGAGGAUGAUGAUGAAGACUGAGCUUGCAUGCUUUCUGAAUUGGUCAUUCUGGCUGAUCCAGUGCAACAAUGCUGCAUUCUGUAUGUUAACACUUUUACAGUUGUGGUGCUUCUUGAAACAGGAAAAGAAGCACCUUGUGCUGCCAUUUUAUCUUGUUAAGUUAUUUGUACACUUUGCAUCAGCUCUCUUCUUUGGUUAAAUAUAGUAUUGUAGGUUCCCACAA